GGGAUUGUGGGUCGGCCACUGACGAUCAAAUCCUUCGAGGCUUCUACAGUUCCGCUCUUCGACGAGAGUGAUACCGAGACGAGAUCUGCCGCCGACCGCCAUCGACCUGUACCUCAGUCCCUGCACCGCCGAGGCCUCAACCCUUGAACAGUAAUUGCUCUUCUUCUUCAACAAUCAAUCGUAGUAGAAGUAGAAGCAGUUGAGGCUGUGUAGAAUGACGAAGAUAACGUUAGGGUGUGAACCAGCGGUGGGAUCAUUAGCCCCUUCCAAGAAGAGGGAUUACAGAGUCACCAACCGUCUACAGGAAGGCAAACGUCCAAUUUAUGCUGUGGUUUUCAACUUCAUCGACUCUCGUUAUUACAACGUCUUUGCCACCGUUGGUGGUAACCGAGUUACUGUAUACCAAUGCCUUGAAGGUGGCGUUAUUGCUGUAUUGCAGUCUUACAUUGAUGAAGAUAAGGACGAGUCUUUCUACACUGUGAGCUGGGCAUGUGAUGCUGAUGGGACACCAUUGCUAGUCGCUGGAGGAAUUAAUGGUAUAAUCCGUGUCAUUGAUGCUGGCAAUGAGAAGAUACACAAGAGUUUCGUUGGUCAUGGGGACUCGGUAAACGAAAUUAGAACACAAGCACUAAGACCUUCUCUUGUGCUUUCUGCAAGCAAAGAUGAAUCUGUUCGCUUGUGGAAUGUUCAAACUGGAAUAUGCAUUUUGAUAUUUGCCGGAGCUGGUGGUCAUCGAAAUGAAGUGCUAAGCGUGGAUUUUCAUCCUUCAGACAUAUAUCGUAUUGCCAGUUGUGGUAUGGAUAACACUGUAAAGAUCUGGUCGAUGAAAGAGUUUUGGACGUAUGUUGAGAGGUCUUUUACAUGGGAGGAACUUCCUUCACAAUUUCCUACAAAAUAUGUGCAAUUUCCGGUAUUGAUUGCUUCAAUCCAUACAAAUUAUGUCGACUGCAUUAGGUGGCUUGGUGAUUUCAUACUAUCCAAGGUGAAUGACUGCCUCAUACAGAGCGUUGAUAAUGAGUUCAUAUUGUGGGAGCCAAAGAUGAAAGAGCAGUCUCCAGGAGAGGGAACAGUAGAUAUCCUUCAGAAAUAUCCGGUUCCCGAGUGUGACAUUUGGUUUAUAAAGCUUUCAUGUGAUUUCCAUUACAAUACAGCAGCUAUAGGCUUAUAUAAUUCAGGCAACAGAGAAGGGAAAAUAUUUGUAUGGGAAUUGCAGACUAGCCCCCCUUCUCUCAUUGCAAGGUUAUCUCAUGUCCAGUCCAAAUCUCCCAUCAGGCAAACUGCCAUGUCGUUUGACGGAAGCACAAUACUCAGUUGCUGUGAAGACGGAACCAUUUGGCGUUGGGAUACAGUCGCAACCUCAUAGCUUGUAGCUUGCUUGUAUAGUGGUUGAUGGCUUGGCUACAUAAAGUACUUAUGUUAGAGCUUAAAUAUAUUUAUAUAAAGCAAAGGACUGUUUUAGAGUAUGCAUAUGCACGGUGUUGACUGCUGUUGUGUUUUUUGGUUAUAUUGGUGGUGUUUGAGCAUUUUAGUGGUUCCAA